GCCAGGAGCGACGCUUCCCGUCAACUUAUCUCGUCACCCCAGUCAUCAGUCACUGUCAGUAGUGCAGAAGUGGGUGUAGUAGGUGGAUGCAGAACUCCAGGGUGGGGUUGUUGCUGCCAGACGCACAAGAUCGUUUUUCUUUCCUUCUUUUCAUUUACAAACUGAAGGCGCGGCGUGAUGGGCGUGGAGGUGUGGGUGUUGCUGGUGACGGUGGCGGUGUUGGCGUUGUUGUAUUCCAAGUGGCGCCAUUCCUACUGGGCUUCGAGAGGCGUGCCCACCCUGCCUGUCACGCCUUUCCUCGGACACAUACUGAAGUCUGUCUUCGCCGCCAGGGAACCAUGGAAGCUUCAGGAAGAGCUUCGCAACAAGUUCGAUGAUGCCCGCAUGUGUGGUUUCUAUGAAUUCUUCAAGCCUACUCUAUUGGUCUGGGAUACUGAGAUACUGAAGCACAUCUUUGUGAAGGACUUUGACCACUUCGCGGAUCGCAGGCACUUUGACAUGAAGACUGUCCACGAAAGAGAUAUGGUGAUGAUGGAGAUGCUGUCGGCUGUAAACGGUGCACAGUGGAAGAGUCUGCGGGCUAUUAUGUCUCCCGCCUUCACCUCGGGCAAGAUCAAAAGCAUGUUCCAUCUGGUGUGCGACAAGGCUGAUAUUCUUGUUAAGAUUUCAGUGAAACAAGCGGCACAAAACCCUCACGUAAACAUGAAGAAAAACUUCAGUCGAUUCACUAUGGACACAAUUGCUUCUUGUGCCUUUGGCAUUGAGAGUAACUCUCUGAUGGACGAAAAUGCUGAAUUCCCUCGCAAAGCACAAGCAUUUUUUGAAAUGUCAUCUCUUAGAAUUGCAAAAUUUAUAGCAUUUGGUGUUGUACCCAGACUCCUUAAAGCACUUCGCGUGAGUAUAAAUCCUCCAGAAACUGACUUCUUUGUGGACGUAGUCAAGCACACAGUGGCGGCUCGGGAGGCGGGCAAGACGCGUGGGGACUUUCUGGACCUGCUGCUAGAGGCACGAGACAGUUCCGACAAUCCCAACAGCAAACACGUUCUCCGCCAGCAGAGUCUCAUAGCACAAAGCGUGCUGUUCAUCAUUGCUGGGUAUGAAACAACUGCCUCCUUGCUAGACUUCUCCUCCUUCCUGCUUGCCAAGCACAAGAACCAGCAACAGCGCCUCCGAGACGAAGUGCAGCAGCUGGUGGAGGAGCACGGUGGAUUAAAUUACCAGGGCAUCAUGGAAGCCAAGCUGCUUGAGGCCUGCCUCCAAGAAACACUCCGACUCUACCCACCAGCAGUGUUCACAGAACGUUAUUGUACCAAGGCCUACAAGUUACCUGGUACUGACUUGACCAUCAGGCCUGGAGACAUAGUGCAGGCGCCCAUCUGGGCCCUCCAUCACGACCCCCGCCACUGGCCAGACCCCGAGGCAUUCAUCCCAGAUCGCUUCCUCCCCGAGAACAAAGGCAACAUCAAUUCCUUCGCACACAUGCCCUUUGGGAUGGGACCAAGGAACUGCUUAGCCAUGCGGUUUGCUCUGAUGGAGGCCAAGGUGGCGCUGGCCAAGCUGUUGCUGGGGGCAGAGCUGGAGUUGGCACCGGGUCACGAGGAGAUGGCCUUAGACUCGCAAGGUGGUCUGUUAAGGUCUAAAGGUUUGAACAUAAAGAUAAAGCCGAUCGUGGCAGAAUAAAUCAGAAUUCAAUUUCGCAUUCAAGAAAACUCAUGCCACGACCUACAUUAGCCGCAAAUCACUCUGCCUUUUAUCAAUAGCAGCUUCUUCAUCAGACAAACAAAUUAUUACAGUUACAGAGACCUGUAACUCUCCGACCUGUUUUCCUGUACAGUUUAUGCCGGAGGGAGUGGAGGGUGGAGGGAGAGAGCCAUCUGCUUUCCUGUCCUUUUCUUCUACAAUCACUUUAGUAGUCCUAGGUCAGGUCACCUCGUGAGGACCGCAAGGUCUGUUGUGGCCUGCUUUUCUAUGUAACUCUCUCUCUCUCUCGCUCUCUCUCUCUCUCUCUCUCUCUCUCUGUGUGUGUGUGUGUGUGUGUCAUGUGAUAUUAUGUUGAAGAGCACUUAUUUAUAAUCAUGGGUAAUAUCAUAGCAUAGUACACUUAAGAGACAUCUAAUGACUGAAUUUUUGUUUUAUUGCUUGUGCCUUGUCAUGCAAUAAACAAUAAAAUAAA